AGCACACGAAUUAUAGUUGAAACUUCCAGAUCUUUAUCAUAUUCUGGUUAUUAUUAAAUGGACAUUCACAAGUUAUGUUUCUACCAUCGACCAUACAAGUUCAUGACGUAAUAUUUUGGUACUAAUGGCAUAUCUCAUAUCAUGGGAUAAAGAAAAGUAGUGCAGGAGAAGUAUUCAUCGUAAUAAGUAAUGCAGUCUUAUUUGUCACCAAAUUAAAUGGUGCUGGGGUUAUAUUCCUGGGUCAGAAAGUCUGUGGCUAUCCUUCAGUUUUCACAACUAUUAGUUCUUGUGGUGUAAGGGAGACUAGCUAGAUGGGCAGCCCAAGCAUAGCCGCUUUUUUCACCUUGUUUAUAGCCAUAAGCGGCCUCAAAGGAGAAUUUUGUCCAAGGGAAGAAGAGGAAGCUGUAAGGUACCUUCUGUAUGAUGUUAAUUAUGGAGAGGGCUUUAACCUGCGCCGGGAUGUUUAUGUCCGAAUUGCAAACUUAGUUCGCAAGCUAAGUCAGGACCACAACUGGGUACUGGUCCUUCCUCCCUGGGGGAGAUUCUAUCAUUGGUUCAAUACUCCUCCAGGAACAUUCUUUCCUUGGAAGAGUUUCUUUGAUGUUGGGAGUCUUCAGAAAUGGAUCAGAGUAAUUGAAUUUGAAGACUUUUUGAAAGCUCAUGGACCAAACGUGAAUUCAGCUUACGUCCUACAACACUUUGAGGAGGGAUGGACGGAUGGCAAGUGGGAAGAAAAAUAUGAGGAGAGGCCAUGUAUUGGCAGACCCAUAUUUCAGUACAAAGAUGAAGAGAGAAUAUGGGUGGGGCAUCUCUGGGGCUCACAGGUGACAUCACAGACCUUCUCCUGUGUGUCAGUCCAGGGCCAUGCCUCAACUAUCAUUCCACUUCUUAUGAAAGAUGCCAGUAGUAGAUCAAUCUACAUAGGAAGAGCAGAGACCAUACUACACGAUGAAUAUGGUGGUAAAUGGUACUGGAAGGCACGGAGGAGCAUGCGCUUUGCCACCCACCUGCAGAAUGAGGCAGCCAAGUUCAGAGCAGCACAUCUAGCCUCUGAUGAUGUCCAGGAUGUUACACAGGUGGAAUCAGAUUGGAGAGAUACAAAACCACAGCGAAAAAGUGACAGAGGUGGUCCAUAUGUUGGUGUUCAUCUUAGAAGAAAUGAUUUUGUUCAAGCUAGAGGGAAGGAGGUGCCAAGCUUGAAGAAGGCAGCUCAACAGAUCAAGCAUACUGUUAAAAAACUAAACUUAACAUCUGCUUUCAUUGCAACUGAUGCCCCACAUGAAGAAUUUUUGCAGCUGGUAAAUUUGCUUCCAUCUGUCUCUCUCCAUCGGUUUGUACCUGAUAAAGACUUCCUGCAGCAGUGGGGUGAUGGAGGGGCAGCCAUUGUAGACCAGAUCAUAUGCUCUCAUGCCAGGUACUUUGUUGGCUCUUAUGAAUCCACAUUUUCCUUUCGGAUACAAGAGGAACGAGAGAUUCUUGGAUUUACUGAAGAGACCACCUUCAACAGGUUAUGUGGAUCAAGCUCCAAGUGUGAGCAGCCAGCCAAGUGGAGGAUAAUGUAUUAGACCUUUAUUUCAUUGGUCUAGAUAUGGUAGAUAUUCUCAUGAAAUGCCUUUAGGGAGCAAAACUAUGUGAACCCAACUUAUAGCAUAUUUUCUUAGUAGUUAAAUGGCUCUAGGCUGUAAACAAAAGAAAAAUAAGAGGCCAGUUAUCAACACUCCUGAGUGGCAUUUUAGAAGACAGGUUCCUUAUUUAUUUUGGUCAGUUUCAUCUGAUGAUAACUUGCCUUCCCAGUUCCUUGCUGCCAAUAUCUUUCCUCAGGAUCCUGUGCCAUAUCUUUUUUUAAUCUUUUCAUUGGUAUUCUUAUCGUGUUCCUCAAAUGAUAUGCUUCACUCUGUCAUUUUCCUUCUUUCCAUGUGAUCAUAUGUUUGAUUUGUUUUUUUUAGUUCCUCACAUGUUGAAGCACCUGUUACAGCAAUACUGCAUGCUUAUCUCAACAUGCUCUUGUCACCAAAGUCCAGCCACUUGGUAUUAUCUUUAUUAGUUAUUAGAACGUUUGAACUCUCUGUCUGAGUAUUAGAGCAUAAUCACCCAUGGCCUUGGUGCUCAACUUUCUUUCUCUCACCCUACUCUGUCCAUCUCUGUAUUGUAAGAAUUAACCAGUAUUCAUAAUCAUUUCUUCCUUCCUCUACUAAACUCACUGCCUACCUCUGUAUUUCCUCUUCCUAUGACAGAGUUCUUUCAAGAGAAAGGUUUCAGCUUAUUUUCUUGGAUAUUUCUGUUUCAGUAUGUGUGUGUGUGGGUGUGUGUGUGUGUGUGUGUGUGUGUGUGUGUGUGUGUGUGU